AUGGACAACAGCUCAUCCUCUUCCUCGCCGCUGCACGUCGUGAUCUGCCCGUGGCUCGCCUUCGGCCACCUGCUGCCCUGCCUCGACCUCGCCGAGCGCCUCGCGUCGCGGGGCCACCGCAUGUCCUUCGUCUCCACGCCGCGCAACAUCGCGCGCCUCCCGCCUGUCCGGCCCGCCGUGGCUCCGCUAGUCGAGUUCGUCGCGCUGCCACUCCCGCACGUCGAAGGGCUCCCCGAAGGCGCCGAGUCAACGAACGACGUCCCAUACGAGAAGUUCGAGCUCCACCGCAAGGCCUUCGACGGCCUCGCCGCUCCAUUCUCGGAGUUCAUGGGCGCCGCGUGCGCCGAGGGUGCCAAGAAACCGGACUGGAUCAUCGUCGAUGUCUUUCACCACUGGGCUUCCGCCUCCGCCAUUGAGCACAAGGUUCCUUGCGCGAUGCUGGUCCUGGCCGCUGCAAGAGAACCGGAAGCAGGGACGCCAAAGUUCGAGGUGGAGAGGAGAAAGCUGGCGAGAACACUGCGCGAGUCAGGAAUGUCUAUCGCUGAGCGUGUCUCCUUGACACUCCAGAGGUGCAACAUCGUCGUCAUCCGGAGCUGCCUCGAGUGGGAGCCGGAGAGCUUCCCUCAACUGGCGACGCUCGGCGGUAAGCCGGUUGUGCCUCUCGGCCUCCUGCCGCCGUCACCGGAGGGAGGCCGCGGCGUGAGCAAGGAUGGGGAGGACGCCACCGUGCGUUGGCUCGACGCGCAGCCGGCCAAGUCGGUCGUGUACGUGGCCCUAGGAAGCGAGGUGCCCCUGCGCACGGAGCAGGUGCAUGAGCUGGCCCUCGGGCUGGAGCUCGCCGGGACGCGCUUCCUCUGGGCUCUCCGGAAGCCCGGCGGCGUGACGGACGCCGACGUGCUUCCUCCGGGGUUCGAGGAGCGCACGCGCGGCUGCGGGCUCGUGGUGACCGGGUGGGUUCCGCAGAUCAGCGUGCUUGCGCACGGCGCCGUGGGCGCGUUCCUGACGCACUGCGGGUGGAACUCCACCAUCGAAGGGCUCCUGUUCGGGCAUCCGCUGAUCAUGUUACCCAUCUUCGGCGACCAAGGGCCGAACGCGCGGCUGAUGGAGGGGAGACAGGUCGGAGUGCAGGUGAGGAGGAACGAAAACGAUGGUUCGUUCGACCGAGAUGGCGUCGCGGCGGCGGUCCGUGCCGUCGCCGUCGAGGAAGAAAGCAGGACGAUCUUCGUGGCCAACGCGAAGAAGAUGCAGGAGAUCGUGGCGGGCAGCGAAGUCCAUGAGAGGUGCAUCGACGGGUUUAUUCAGCGUCUGAGAUCUUACAAGGAGUGA